AUAACAGUUCUUGAAUGGACGACGCGGCGACUUGCGGCUUGUCAACUUUCAGUCAUUCAGUGAAGUGAUUCAGUCGAGAGAUUUUCACCAUUCGUCUCUAGAGUUUCUAGUUUAAUAAAAGUUGAAGAUAAUUAUAAUAUCAAGAAGUCAAAAUGCGGCGCAGUUUAGGACGUCGUGGUAACAAUAUGAACAGCAGCCACGGGCCCCUGAUGACGGACCAUUUACAGGAUAUUGAUUUGGAGCUUGAGCUCUUGAAGCGCAAACGUGAGAUGAUUGAGCAACAACAACAGUUGUUGGUAAUGGAGCAACAGUACAAGACUUCGAGACAUUCAUACGAUCCAAUGCGAUAUGAUGAACCAGAUCCGCAUGGUUCCAAUCGCGAUUAUACCCACAUGUAUGACUCCGGACCCAAACGCAAUCAGUUUGGCAGAAAACGCCAACCUGAACAUCAGUGGCAAUACGACGGUCCCCCUAAAAAAAACAACCCAAAAAAGAAACCCCAAUUCAACCCAAACGGUAAUCCUGGACCUGCAAAUGCCCGCAACCAAAGGUCCAAUCCUGGUCCUCUAAACCAAGGUUCGAAGUACCCUUACGGCCAGCCAGCGCCUCUUAUGGAUAUAAAGAUUAAGCAAUCUAUAGGCCAAAAGAUCGCAAACCAAAAAGUGAUACAGCAAAAAAAGAAUUUUGUUGCAACUAAAAUAACAAAGUCCAAAGCGCCUCCAGCUCCCAAUAAGCUAGCGUCUCGCAGCAUCGCUGAACGUAAAAGUUUGGUGGCGGCUGCGACCGGGGCACCCUCAGGGGACAUGACGAACAUGUUGCUUCCUAAUUGCGUGCCGUCGCAGCAGGUGAGCGGGCGCUUGGAAUUGGCUUUGGGAGCGAUCAUGAAAAAUGUAAGGGCAAUGAUUGAUCGGAAACCUGAGCACGCUGUCUUGCUACGUACUCUUCAAAUGCAGCGUGUCAUGAAACAAGCCGUGCGGGAACGUAUUCGUAACGUCAUGUUAGGAAAAGUAGUUGGCAGUUUAAUUGACAUACUUGCGAUUUAUCGAGAGGAGUUCCCUGAAGAGACUGAUCUUGAAAUCCUAAAUCUAGCUAUAGAAGCAGGAGGGCCCGUAGGGCAAGGCACUGAACAAAAACCGAAAUCUAAGUUCAUUGAAGCAGAUGAUCCAGGAGAAUUUUUCAAAAUCAAUAUGACUGCUCUAAUUGAGUCUAAACUAAAUGACAUGUUUUCUAAACUUGAGAACAUGGUUAAUGAAGAAACACCUGAAGCUGUUAAUGGUGAUAACCCUGAGAAUUCUGAGAAUCCGGAGAGUGCUGAGAAUGCAGAGAAUUCUGAGAAUCCUGAGAGCAAAGAAAAUGGCAUCAAGUCUGAAACCCCUGAUGACACAAAUAAACCUGAGCAGCCAGAAGCUCCUGAGAACUCAGACAAGCCUGAGGAGUCAGAGAAAUCUGAGAAUUUAGACAAACCCGAGGAGUCAGACAAACCAGAGAAUGCAGACAACGCUGAGAAGACGGAUAAUCCUGAGAAGACAGAAAACCCUGACAAUCAAAUAGAUCUCUCUGAGAAACCGAAUACCGAGAAAGAUGAAGGACAGGAGUACAAAGACUUUUUGAACAUGACCAUACAAGUUCACCAAGUAAGGCGGGUGUUACCUCGGCUGUUGAAACGGUUUACUCCGUACAUCAUCAAGCUUAUAAAUGUGGACGCCAUUUAUCAAAGCACCAAGGCGUCAAUAAUAAUGAAAAGUAAUGAGAAGGCAUCAAACCUUACUGGCACCAAAUUGUCCGAUGUUCCGGAACCUGUCAUCAAAAAUGAAUCUGAGGCCAAAGAACCUGCUGAGCAGAAUGCAGAGGGUGAAAACCGACCGAUGUACAACUUGCCUUAUUAUGUGAAGAUAAUGGGCCGUCCAUCACUACCAAAGAGGAGGACGAUGCAAGGUUUCCUGAACAAAUUCAACCCUAAGUCUAUUAAGAAACACAGGACCAUCCACAACUUGCUAUUUGUUGGCUUUUCUGAUAAAGUUGACUUUGACGCCAUGGUAGCAGCCGACGGCACAGUCAUGGGACGUUCCUCACUUAGCGUGAGAGUGUGCUCUAAAGAUAAUCAAAAUUCGACCACUGAACAAAAUGGUGAGAACAAUGACACCAUGAAUGAUACAGAUGCCAGCACGGCUGAAGUUAAGACGGAAGACAAAUCGGCAGAUGACAUAAAUAUCCCAUCUGACUUGGACAACCAGAUCACAGAUCUGCUCUCUACAAUCAGGAAAGCUGAGGAAAAUGAUGAAAACGGGACUGACGCCGAGAUGAAGAAUGAUAGCCAACAAGAUGAAAAUAAUGCUACAGAAGACGUAUCUAAAAAGGAAUCUGAACAAGAUGAAAAUGAGAUUCUUGCCGAAGACGAAAAUGAUGACAAUGAAGCACAAGACGAACAGACUUCUGAUGAAGUUCAAGCUGAAAAUAAUGACGGACAAGGUUCUGAUGAUGCACCGAAGCAGGACACAGAAAAAAAUAAUGGUUCAGUAGAAAAAACUGAUGAAACAAAAGCUACACAACCUGAAGAUUCAGCUCAAGGAAAUGGUGAAAAUUCUGAAGGCACAAAGACUGCCAACUCUGAAUCUAAUGAACCAGUUAAGAAAAUGGAAGUGGAUGAUGAUAAACUAGGAGAGUUGAAGGGAGCCGCGACCGGGAGGUCUACCCCGACGCGGACGUCUGCUCGGCUGGCUAACGUCACGCCCAGCAGCAUUCGUACUCGACGCGCGAGCCGGCUCGCACAGAAUUAAAACGCCUGAUAUCUUAACUAGAUAAUUAACUUAAAUAGAUCUAGCCAUGAGCCUGCUGAUGAUUUUGCCUGAGCAAUUUACUUAAUAUUUUAAAUAGUAGUAUGUUACCCACUCUGCAAGAGUCAUUUUAAGUUUAUGAAUUGUGAGAUUCAUUUUAUUGAAUGCAUAAGAAUAUUUUAAUGUCAUUUACAUAUUAGAUUGGGCUUAAUUUUUAGAUGAUGUGUAGUCGACUAACUUUAAAUAAGACUUACUUAGUUUUAAUGUAUUACUCCAAUAGAAGUUUCAUUGAUACCAUUUGAUUGCUUCGUAAGAUCUUUUGGGAGUAGAUUUUAGAAAACUAUAUUUCUUAAAAAUUGUUUCCAUUUCAACGUGAUACCAAUGUCGUAUAAUAAAUAUUUAACAAAAUA